AUGAAAGAUCAACUUUUUUUAGAGGGUUUUCUCCAAGAUGACAUGGCCGACUCCAAUAGCAUUCAGCUUCUACAGAAUUUGAUUUCGCCUGUAAAUCCUGGAAGUCUCAGAGAAAGCAUAGCACGAGCAGACAAUUCAGGGAAGAACAUGAAAGAAUUCUUCGCGAUGGGUGUUGUGUGGAUAUCUCGGAUCGUGAUGGGUUGGAGCACGAAUCUUACGCUCUUUUACCUAGGAACAGUGAAGAGCAACGAGACGUUCAAGGAUGAAGAUGCUUUCAUAAAUGCGGUAUAUGCCCACGCCCAGCGAAUGCGGAAAGCUGUAUUCGCCGCUGACCUCAAAACAAAGCUCGAUGAUCCGAAUGACAUUAAAAGGGGUCAAAUGCAGAACUUCUUACUUUCCGGUCGCAUGGACUCUUUGUCGACAAUCAUGUCAAAAUAUCCGCGGUUCCCAGAGUCCGUUUAA